CAGUGGGAGCGUUUACGCCCACCUCUUGAGAAAUGCAAUUGGGAUUUGCCUAGCUCUACAAAAGGAAGUCAUUUGUUCCAGUUUAACAUUAAGUUGUUUUAACUCUAUUAUAAACACCGCAACUAUUACUAAGCUUCCUUCUACGCAUUUGCUUUUGAUGUUCUUAGUUUGAAAGACUUCCUAGCAACUGAUAGUAGUACAAGUCAUGGGUGAUAACGCUCCCCUUCUUGGUCCAGACCAAGAUCCCAGUGAUAUCCGAUAUGAGAACCAGACUUACCACCACAAUGAGGCGCCGCUGGUGAACUCGAAUUUGAAACCGGCCUACCGUCGGACCCAAGCGGCGAUAUCGCGCCUCAUGAACUCGCGCACCAAACACUGGCUCGUUCUGGUCCUCAUCGUCCUCGACGUCGCGGGCAUCCUGAGCGAUAUCUUCAUCGCGCUGAUCACGUGCGAGAUCGGCGUAGAGCACGACGCGUGGGUGGCGCCGACGAGGAACGCGCUGACCGUCUUCUCGCUGAGCUUGAGCUGCGUGUUCCUGGUCGAGCUGCUGCUGGAGUUGGUUGCUGGUGGUUGGCGGUACUUCUCGAGCAAGCUGCACUGCUUCGACGCCUUCGUUAUCGUCGUGGGCUUCGCGGUCGACCUGCUCGAGCAUAACACGGCGGAGGAGAUUGCGUCGCUGAUCGUCAUGUUGAGGCUCUGGCGCUUUGUUAAGAUUGUGGAUGAGUUUUCUGUCGAGGCGUCGGAGCAGACGGAGGAGCUGCGCGGGCGUGUUAGGGAGCUGGAGAUGCGCAAUGCGGCGCUGGAGGCGAGGCUCUCGCUGGUUUAGAUGGUUGGUUGGUUGGUUGGUUGGUUGGUUGGUUGGUUGGUUGGUUGGUUGUAUGCGGUGGCCUAUCGUCUUCAAGUUCGGACGUCGGUGGUGUCAGGGAACUAAGGUUAUAGGUGUGCGCCGGGAACUUUAUUUUUUUCAUUAUGAAUAUUCGAGGGGGGCGAGGGCGCAUUGCCGAGGUUCUAGUCUCGUGGCUUCAAAGUUGUCCGCCAUCCCAUGUUUACCUGUAUGAGAUACCCCUUGUUACUUGUCAAUAUCAAGUCUAUUAUCAAGAUGUUAA